ACAUGUGCUUAAAAAAUAUUUAAUCAUUUCUGCUUUAUGAGUUAUCUAUUCCGACGUAUCGAAAGUACACACACAUAUCGUGAAAAUCUUCCGCUGCGCGUUUGCUGGAGGCGUCCUUAUGCGGUGCCAAAAUCAAUAUUUCCUCCACGAACUUGUGUCGAUGCAAACACGUACAGUGUGUGCUCUUUUUAAUACAUCUGACGUGGUUUUUUAUAUUAGUAAAAGACUGUUGAAGUGGGAUUCUAGUGCCAGUUAUGGCGGAUUUGUACACCAAUAAUUUGAGCAAACCCAAGUGUUCUAUGACUUUUUAUUCAGAUUUUGGAGAUGGGGAGACUGAGUCUGAUAUUCUUCAACAAAGAGAAGGCAAUGAAAGCCCAUCAUUUUUGGGCAAUUCGCAAUUCAGCGGAAAUCAACAAGAACUUCCUAAUGAACUUUCAGCCCCAUAUGAAGUCCCACAGUUUCCAAUCGAACAAAUCGAGAAGAAAUUGGCCAUUCAGAGGCAGCUGAAUGUGAAAGUUUUGAGUGAUAGACGUAGUCAUUACGAGCCUUCGGUCCCCGGAGAAGAGCAAUGUUAUCCAACAUUAGAUGAACAAGAUUUAUAUGUCCCGCAUUUCCAGAGGGUGUCAAUUUCGGGGGAAGACACCAGUGGGGUUCCAUUGGAGGAUUUGGAAAGGGCUUCCCGUCUCAUUGUUCAAGCCUUACAGAUUCGCAAACGUUAUAUGAAACUCUCGCAUCAGAGCUUCUCGGCGACUGCGGCCCGGUUUCUCGAUCCUCAUAACAAACAACAGCAACAACAACACGACGAAAAACAAACAAUAGAAGCCGAAAGUGCUGCUUCUUCGACAGCAACAACGUCAAGAUCUUCAGCUGAUUUGUGUAUGACUGAGUCGAUGACCGACGCUGUUCUCGAUUGUAUUUUAAAUGAUGGGGUGCAGCAAGAACAUGGCAUUCACCCGCCAACCCACCACCCCUGGGAACCCCGAAACAUCCCUGACACUACUCACGUAUUCAAGUCGAAAAAUGGCGUUUAUGAAGUUUAUCUCAACGAAGAAGAUCUUCAAAAUGGAAAAACUUGCGAUUAUCCAUAUCCAGACAUUGCAACUUUUUCCGCUGAUAUGACUACGAUGUGUAACAUGAUCGCAGAUGGACCAUUAAAAUCAUUUUGUUAUCGCCGUUUGAGUUAUUUAUCUUCCAAAUUUCAAUUGCAUGUACUUUUGAAUGAAUUAAGAGAGUUAGCAUCGCAAAAAGCGGUGCCUCAUAGAGAUUUUUACAAUAUAAGAAAAGUCGAUACUCAUAUCCAUGCCGCGUCUUGUAUGAACCAAAAACAUUUGCUACGUUUUAUAAAAAAGACGUUGAAAAAUCACGCUGAUGAGAUUGUGACGGUGACUAAUGGCAAACCAAUGUCCUUGAAGGAAGUGUUUCAGGUAUUAAUUAAAAAUUCCAUGAACUUGACUACAUAUGAUUUAACUGUGGACAUGCUUGACGUUCAUGCUGAUCGAAAUACUUUUCACCGAUUCGACAAAUUCAAUGCAAAAUAUAAUCCAAUUGGUGAAAGUCGACUCAGGGAAGUGUUUCUGAAAACUGACAAUUAUCUAAACGGGAAAUAUUACGCUAGGAUUAUUAAAGAAGUUUGUAGCGAUUUGGAGGAAUCGAAAUAUCAAAAUGCUGAGCUCCGUUUGAGCAUCUAUGGUAAAAGUAGGGAUGAAUGGGACAAAUUAGCCAAAUGGGCUAUUGAUUCAAAUGUUUACUCGGACAAUGUUCGUUGGUUAAUCCAAGUUCCACGACUUUUCGACAUUUUUAAGUUAAACAAACUCCUCCAAAACUUCCAACAAGUCAUCGAUAAUAUUUUCCUCCCUCUACUCGAAGUAACAGCUCGUCCAAGUUCCCACCCGGAAUUGCACCGUUUUCUGGAAUAUGUCAUAGGUUUUGAUUCAGUCGAUGAUGAAAGCAAACCUGAAAAAAACCCACUUUUCGAUAAGGACCUUCCAAAGCCUGAAAACUGGCAUGAUGACGAAAACCCCAACUACGCCUACUACCAAUACUAUAUGUACGCCAAUAUGGCGGUAUUAAACCACUUCCGGGCCGAGAAAGGGCUCCCGACUUUUGUCCUGCGCCCCCAUUGUGGCGAAGCCGGUCCUGUGCAACACUUGGUAUGUGGGUACAUGCUAUCCGAGAAUAUUUCCCACGGAUUGUUGCUCCGGAAAGUUCCGGUUUUGCAAUAUUUGUACUACUUGGCCCAAAUCGGGAUUGCGAUGAGUCCAUUGUCGAAUAAUAGUCUGUUUUUGAAUUAUCACCGGAAUCCACUCCCGGAGUAUUUAUCACGGGGUUUGGUGGUGUCGUUGUCGACCGAUGAUCCGUUGCAGUUUCACUUUACUAAAGAGCCCCUCAUGGAGGAGUAUAGUAUUGCGGCACAAGUGUGGAAACUCUCCAGUUGCGAUAUGUGCGAAUUGGCACGGAAUAGUGUGUUAAUGUCAGGUUUUUCGCACAAGGUCAAGCAAUACUGGCUAGGGCCGAAUUACACCAAGGAGGGGGUGGCCGGAAAUGAUAUCGCCAGGACCAAUGUACCGGAUAUAAGGGUUGCAUUUAGGUACGAGACCUUGAUUGAUGAACUGUCGAAUAUUUUUAAAGCUCAGCCGGAACCAAAUUCUGAUUGAAUGAAUUGUUUUAAAUUAGUUUUCGGUUAAGUUUUUAUAUUUUAUAAAUUAUUUUUAAUAUUUAAUAAUGUUUCUUGUAAGUAGAAAAAGUUGUUAAUAGGGUCCGGGAUGAGGCCCUAGUAAUAAAAUUUCGAGUUGUGAUGAAGAUACGCCUUAUGAGUAUAACAGUUUCUUAUAUUUUUAUAAAGAGUUUAACAAGUGAUUGUUUUGCUGACACUAGUCGAUGUUAUUAAUUAAAAUCAUUGUUAAUUCUCGCCGAAAUUUUAUUUCCUGUCCUUGAAAUGGAAUGGAAUAAGUCUUCUUAUUAUGUUUGUAGUAAUUAAGUAUUAUUUUAAUAAGUCUUAUUAAUAUGCGUAAUUAUAACAAUUCAAAUUUAAUUGCACGUAGAGUAAAAUUCUGCAUUUUGGCUGUUUAAUCGUAUAUCUUUAGCCAUCCAUUAUUGACUGACUUGAAGAUUAUUAAAUAAAAAGCCAAAUAAUUUAAAAUGACCAAUAACUUAGAAUUUGUGCCCUGUUGUUAAAUGUAUAACCGAUUAUAUUGUAUUCUAAAAUGAGAAUAAAGUUAUCGAAGCAAU